CCUCGAGCCCCGGAGCCGUCCGGCGGGGCGGGGCGGGGCGGCCCGCCACCAUGGAGCCCCAGCGCCGGGAGCUGCUCGCCCAGUGCCAGCAGAGCCUGGCCCAGGCCAUGACGGAGGUGGAGGCGGUGCUCGGGCUGCUCGAGGCCGCCGGAGCGCUGAGCCCCGGCGAGCGGCGGCAGCUGGACGAGGAGGCGGGAGGCGCCAAGGCGGAGCUGCUGCUCAAGCUACUCCUGGCCAAGGAGCGGGACCACUUCCAGGACCUGCGGGCGGCGCUGGAGAAGACGCAGCCUCACCUGCUGCCCAUUCUCUACCUGAACGGCGUCGCCGGACCGCCGCAGCCCGCCGAGGGCGCCGGCUCCACCUACAGUGUCUUGUCCAUCAUGCCGUCAGACUCAGAAAGCAGCAGCUCCCUCAGCAGUGUGGGUACCACAGGGAAGGCACCGUCUCCGCCACCCCUCCUCACUGACCGGCAAGUGAACGAGAAGGUGGAGAACCUCUCCAUCCAGCUGCGGCUCAUGACCCGAGAGAGGAAUGAACUGCGCAAACGCCUGGCCUUUGCGACUCACGGGACGACCUUUGACAAGAGGCCCUACCACAGGCUGAAUCCCGACUAUGAGAGGCUGAAGAUCCAGUGUGUGCGGGCCAUGUCGGACCUGCAGAGCCUGCAGAACCAGCACACCAACGCCUUGAAGAGGUGUGAGGAGGUGGCCAAGGAGACUGACUUCUACCACACACUCCAUAGCCGGCUCCUCAGCGACCAGACCCAGCUGAAGGAUGAUGUCAACAUGCUAAGGCGGGAGAACGGACAGCUGCUGCGGGAACGUAAUCUGCUACAGCAGUCGUGGGAGGACAUGAAGCGGCUCCAUGAGGAGGACCAGAAGGAGAUUGGUGACCUCCGAGCCCAGCAGCAGCAGGUGUUGAAGCACAAUGGGUCAUCAGAAAUUCUCAACAAGCUGUACGACACCGCCAUGGACAAACUGGAGGUGGUCAAGAAGGACUAUGAUGCCCUUCGGAAGAGGUACAGUGAGAAAGUCGCCAUCCACAACUCAGACUUGAGCCGCCUGGAACAGUUGGAGGAAGAGAACCAGCGCCUGCUGAAGCAGACGGAAAUGCUGACCCAACAGAGGGACACAGCCAUCCAGCUGCAGCACCAAUGUGCUCUCUCCUUGCGGAGGUUCGAGGCAAUACACCAUGAGCUGAACAAGGCCACGGCCCAGAACAAAGACCUGCAGUGGGAGAUGGAGCUGCUGCAGUCAGAGCUGACGGAGCUGAGGACCACACAGGUGAAGACUGCAAAGGAGUCAGAGAAGUACAAGGAGGAGCGGGACGCGGUGUACAGCGAGUACAAGCUCAUCAUGAGCGAGCGCGACCAAGUCAUCUCUGAGUUAGACAAGCUGCAGACCGAGGUGGAGCUGGCCGAAUCCAAGCUCAAGAGCAGCACGUCUGAGAAGGCGGCGGCCAGUGAGGAGAUGGAGGUGUUGCGACAGAUCAAAGACACGGUGACAAUGGACGCUGGGAGAGCCAACAAGGAGGCUGAAAUCCUUCGAAAGCAGUGCAAGGCUCUGUGCCAGGAGCUGAAGGAAGCCCUCCAGGAGGCGGACGUGGCCAAGUGCCGGCGGGACUGGGCCUUCCAGGAACGGGACAAGAUCGUGGCAGAGCGGGACAGCAUCCGGACCCUCUGUGACAACCUGAGGCGGGAGCGGGACCGGGCAGUGAGUGAGCUGGCUGAGGCCCUGCGCAGCCUGGAUGACACUCGGAAACAGAAGAAUGAUGUCAGCCGGGAGCUGAAGGAGCUGAAGGAGCAGAUGGAGUCGCAGUUGGAAAAGGAGGCCCGGUUCCGGCAGCUGAUGGCCCACAGUUCCCAUGACUCGGCCAUCGACACGGACUCCAUGGAGUGGGAAACGGAAGUUGUAGAGUUUGAAAGAGAGACGGAGGACAUUGACUUGAAGGCGCUGGGGUUCGAUAUGGCAGAAGGUGUGAAUGAGCCUUGUUUGCCAGGGGACUGUGGCAUAUUUGUCACUAAAGUAGACAAAGGAAGCAUUGCUGACGGCCGCUUACGGGUCAAUGACUGGCUGCUGAGGAUCAACGACGUGGACCUCAUCAACAAGGACAAGAAGCAGGCCAUCAAAGCUCUCCUCCAUGGGGAGGGGGCCAUCAACAUGGUCGUGCGUCGGAGGAAGUCCCUGGGAGGGAAGGUGGUCACGCCGCUGCACAUCAACCUGAGUGGACAGAAAGACAGCGGCAUCAGCCUGGAGAAUGGAGUGUAUGCUGCCGCCGUGGUGCCUGGAAGCCCAGCUGCCAAGGAGGGGUCCCUUGCUGUGGGAGACAGGAUUGUGGCAAUCAAUGGCAUUGCAUUGGACAACAAAUCUCUGAAUGAGUGUGAAUCUCUGCUGCGUAGCUGCCAGGACUCCCUGACCCUGUCCCUCCUGAAGGUGUUCCCUCAGAGCUCCUCGUGGAGUGGCCAGAACAUCUUUGAAAACAUCAAGGACUCUGAUAAGAUGUUGAGUUUCCGAGCCCAUGGCCCAGAGGUCCAGGCUCAGAAUAAACGGAACUUGAUGCAACACAAUAACUCCACGCAGACGGACAUCUUCCACGCAGACAGGCUGGAGGACAAGAAGGAGUUGGGCCCCCCAGGAGGCAGCAGCUCCUUCCUGCACAAGCCAUUCCCUGGGGGAGCUUUCCCAGUCUCCCCCCAGGCCUGUCCCAGCACCUCUGAGCGCAGCCUGAGCUCCUUCCGCUCAGACACCUCUGGGGAGCGUGGCUAUGGGCUGGUGGACGUGCGCAGCCGGCGGCUACUACUGCCCUUUGAGAAUGAGGCAGGCCCUUGUGGGGUGACUGAGGCCCCUCUGGGUAAGGCAGAGUCUGAGAAUGCCAACAGUGGUGGGACCUGGCCUAAGGCCAUGCUCAGCUCCACAGCAGGGCCCGAGAAGCUCUCUGUUUACAAGAAGCCAAAGCAAAGAAAGUCUAUCUUUGACCCUAACACUUUCAAACGCCCCCAGACACCCCCGAAAAUAGACUACCUGCUCUCAGGCCCUGGGCCUGCUCACUCCCCCCAACCCUCCAAGAGGGUGGGGCCUCUGACACCCCCAAAACCUCCCAGGAGGAGCGACUCUAUUAAGUUCCAGCACAGGCUGGAAACCAGUUCUGAGUCAGAGGCCACUCUGGUGGGCAGCUCCCCAUCCACCAGCCCCCCGAGUGCCCUACCCGUUGAUGUGGACCCUGGGGAACCCAUGCACGCCUCGCCCCCUCGCAAGGCCAGGGUCCGCAUUGCUUCCAGCUACUACCCUGAAGGGGAUGGGGAUUCCUCCUACCUGCCUGCCAAGAAGUCCUGUGACGAGGACCUCACCUCCCAGAAGAUGGACGAGCUGGGGCAGAAGCGCCGCCGGCCAAAGUCUGCUCCCAGUUUUCGGCCCAAGCUUGCUCCAGUCGUGAUUCCCACUCAGUUUCUGGAGGUAGAGACCGGCACCCGGGUAGGAGGUGGAGGCAGGGAGCAGAAGAGCAUGCCAGCCAGUGGCGAACUCUCCCCAGAGCUCCAGGAGUGGUCCCCUUACUCACCAGGGCACUCUAGCCGGCACAGCAACCCCCCACCCUACCCCAGCAGAGCAUCUGUGGAUGGAGCAAGGCCAGUAGCUCGCACAGGUCCGGGGCUGGCUGGUGCUUUGGGGCGAUUGUUCUCACCCAGCCCAUUUCUAGGCACCGUUCCCCGGAGCAUGACCCCGAGCACCACUGUGAGCUCCAUCCUGAGGAACCCCAUCUACACUGUGCGUAGCCACAGGGUUGGCCCUUGCAGCUCUCCGCCUGUCCCCAGAGAGGUCGGCCCCCAGGGUUUGCAUGCCAGUGUCCAGCACCAGGGCCGCCUGAGCCUGGACCUCAGCCACAGGGCCUGCAGCGACUACUCUGAGAUGAGAGCCUCUCAUGGGUCCAACUCACUGCCCUCCAGCGCCCGCCUUGGAUCUUCAAGCAACUUGCAGUUCAAGGCAGAACGCAUUAAAAUCCCAUCAACGCCAAGAUAUCCCCGGUCUGUUGUGGGCUCUGACAGAGGUUCCUUGUCGCAUUCCGAAUGCAGCACGCCUCCACAGUCACCCCUGAACAUUGACACCCUGUCCUCAUGCAGCCAGUCCCAGGCCUCAGCCUCCACAUUGCCCAGAAUUGCCAUCAACCCUGCGGCCCUCGGGGAGCGAAGAAAGGACAGGCCCUACGUGGAGGAGCCGCGCCAUGUCAAGCUACAGAAGGGCUCCGAGCCACUGGGCAUCUCUAUCGUGAGUGGAGAGAAGGGCGGUGUCUACGUCUCCAAGGUGACUGGGGGGAGCAUUGCAUACCAGGCUGGCCUGGAGUAUGGAGACCAGUUACUUGAGUUCAAUGGCAUAAACCUGCGGAGUGCCACGGAGCAGCAGGCCCGGCUCAUCAUCGGGCAGCAGUGUGACACCAUCACCAUCCUGGCCCAGUACAACCCACACAUGCACCAGCUCAGCAGCCACUCCCGGUCCAGCUCCCACCUGGACCCUGCCAAUAUCCACUCCACUCUCCAGGGCAGCGGUGCCACCACCCCGGAGCAUCCCUCUGUCAUUGACCCGCUGAUGGAGCAGGAUGAGGGCCCAGGCACCCCCCUGGCCAAGCAGAGCACUCCCAGUUCCAGGAUGGUGGGAGACGCCAAUAAGAAGACCCCAGAGCCACGUGUUGUCUUCAUCAAAAAGUCCCAGCUGGAGCUUGGACUGCAUUUAUGUGGGGGGAACCUGCACGGGGUGUUUGUGGCUGAGGUGGAGGAUGACAGUCCUGCCAAGGGUCCCGACGGCCUGGUGCCGGGAGAUCUCAUCCUCGAGUAUGGCAGUCUGGACGUGCGCAACAAGACGGUGGAGGAGGUCUACGUGGAGAUGCUGAAGCCCAAGGAUGGCGUCCGCCUGAAGGUGCAGUUCCGCCCUGAGGAGUUCGCCAAGGUCAAGGGCCUGCCUGGCGACAGCUUCUAUAUCAGGGCCCUGUACGACCGGCUGGCAGAGGUGGAGCAUGAGCUCAGCUUUAAGAAAGACGACAUCCUCUACGUUGAUGACACCUUGCCCCAGGGCACAUUUGGGUCCUGGAUGGCCUGGCAGCUGGACGAGAACGCCCAGAAGAUCCAGCGUGGGCAGAUCCCCAGCAAAUAUGUGAUGGACCAAGAAUUCUCCAGGAGGCUCAGCAUGUCUGAAGUCAAAGACGACAACGCCACUGCAAAGACGCUGUCGGCGGCUGCACGCAGAUCCUUCUUUCGAAGAAAACAUAAGCACAAACGCAGUGGGUCCAAAGAUGGGAAAGACCUUCUUGCCUUGGACACCUUUUCCAAUGAUUCCAUUCCACUCUUUGAAGAUUCCGUGAGCCUUGCCUAUCAGCGAGUCCAGAGAGUAGACUGCAGCUCCCUGAGGCCCGUCCUGAUUCUGGGGCCUUUGCUGGACGUGGUGAAGGAGAUGCUGGUGAACGAGGCGCCUGGCAAGUUCUGCAGAUGCCCCCUUGAGGUGAUGAAGGCCUCCCAGCAGGCCAUUGAGCGGGGCGUCAAAGACUGCCUGUUUGUCGACUACAAGCGGAGGAGUGGCCAUUUUGACGUGACCACAGUGGCUUCCAUAAAGGAGAUCACAGAAAAGAACCGGCACUGUCUCCUGGACAUUGCUCCCCACGCCAUCGAGCGGCUGCACCACAUGCACAUCUACCCCAUCGUCAUCUUCAUCCACUACAAGAGCGCCAAACACAUCAAGGAGCAGAGAGACCCCAUCUACCUGAAGGACAAGGUGACUCAGAGGCAUUCCAAAGAGCAAUUUGAGACGGCUCAGAAGAUUGAACAGGAGUACAGUAGGUACUUCACAGGCAUUGUCCAGGGAGGAGCCCUGUCGAGCAUUUGCACUCAGAUCUUGGCAAUGGUCAAUCAAGAGCAAGAUAAGGUCCUGUGGAUUCCAGCCUGCCCACUGUAGAAGAUCACUGUGCUGGGGAGUGACUGCAGCUCGUCUGCCACUGUGAACACCUGGCUCAGCUCUUCGUUAGUGAUGAGAAAUGGAAGUCUAUGUGUAUAUAAACAUGAAGGGGAAGGAUCCAUGAGCAAGGACUCCAGAAGCACCUCCUUUGUAUACAGAGGGCUGGCGGACUGUUCCUCUUACACCUGUGCUUUAAGACAAAACAAAAACCACAAAAGACUUUCAAUUAGAGGGGUUUGACACCAGCCUUUCUUUAGCCAGCUGAUCAGAGAUGCUGCAAAGAGAACCUUUCAGAUCACAGUUUACAAGCCUUUUCUAAGUAUUUGGUUGUUUAUGUUUACUUGAAUGGCUCCGUGUUGUCGGUGCCCAGCCCUGCCCCUCUAUCAACCCAACCCCCCGUGUUGCUUUCGUGUUGAUUUUGUUCCUGUUUUCAGCCAAACAACUCUGGAACCUCACCGGGGGCUGCUUGCUUUGGGAGGUUCUUGUCGGUGGGACCAGAGCUUUGACAAACUUCCUGCUCCUCGGUGGCACCUCUCCUGGAAGGACCUCGCGACUGCAGAUGCUUAGACAUCUGUGGUGGCAGAACCAGUGCCUUUGUGGGGCUCACUCGCCAGGGGCAGUGUUCUCCCCACCUGCACCAGGGAAGGUGACUUUUGGCAGUCUUACACACUCAUCUCUCAGACCUUCUCUCCUGCCUUCCAUGUCUUCUCCUUCGUCUGCAUUUGUUGUUUCAGCAUUCUGUCUGGUCCGUUGGAGCGUCAUAGGUUCAUGAUGACACAGCUCGUUCCAGGCAGGGCGUUAAGCUAGGGCUGAUGCAUGCCACUGGGUCCUUUUUAGGUUCUGUAAAUAGUGACAGCCUUUAUCAGUGCAGUUUUUGCAGGGUAAUUCUUAAACUCUAUCGAGUGGGCAGGCACAGUGCUCUUUUUGAUAUGAAAACAUUCGUGUUUCAAACUUUGCAUUGAGAGCUCUUGGGGGAAGCGUAAUGAUUAGUGUUAUCACUGUCAAAAAUCUAAAAAGAGAAACUGGGAUCUUUUUAGUCUUGGCUACAGCACUCACGGCAUGAACAGUACUCCAUGAAGAUGUCUUCAUUCUUCGUUUGGGGUUUUUUUUGCACUUCUGACGCUGGAUGUCUCUGGCUGAAGAUUUGAUGUGGUCCCUCCUUAAACUGUGCGUCUUGUUAAUAAUAGGUACUGUACUGGGCUCCAUGUAAGUGUCACUGGGGUAUGAUCUAUAUUUUAAUACUGUUCCUAACAUUUCAUUUUACUAGCAAGAAAUCUUUGAUUUCAUUUUAUUCUUUGUAAUUCUAGACACUAGAUUGUAGUUUAGUCAUACUGACAUUUUUUAAAAAGGGAUAUAUUUUCUUGCACAAUUGUUCAAAAAGAGACAUGUUUCAGUCCUCAAUGCUGCCCUUUGUUUUACAGGUACAAGUUUUCUAGCUCAGACAACUAAGACAACCAUAGGCUGUCUCCAGGUCUUACUCGCAUGCCCUUGGGGCUGUUCCUCUGAGUUGCAGACAGAGUGGGACUGUGAUGGUACAGUGUGCGCAGGUACUGUUCUGACAGACUGGGAUUUUCUGUACUAAAACCUUACUUUGUAUCAAAAGUUACACAGACUUUAGUAUAAUAAUAAAGGUCAGUUUCUGUAACUGGUUGUGGUGAAGA